AUGCAGGAGAGGCUGGCCUCGAACUCCUGGAGUGGGCUACUGCCCGUCACGGCUCUAGAACUCGCCCUUCGCAGGCAGAACUUUCCCCGAAUUGGCGCCGAAUUCCAUCGAGACGUGCUGGGGGGCGCCCAGCCGCAGACCCUGGGGUCGGUGGGUCUCCGGGUCCCGCUCUGCGCGGGUCCCCAGGUGGGCGCCCCCGGAGGCGGGGGCGGCGGCCCCCGGCGCGGCUCGGCGGCGGCGAGGACCAGGUGUGCGGCGGCCGGGCCCGCGCGCCGCUGCUCCCCGCUCUGCGGCCUGGACCUGUCCAAGAAGAGCCCGCCCGGCCCCUCCGGACCCGAGCGGGCGCUGGCCGAGCGCGACCUGCCCCCGCGCCCCGACAGCCCUCCCGGCGCGGGCCCCGCCGUCUACAAGGAGCCGCCGCUCGCCCUGCCGCCGCUGCCGCCCCUGCCCUUCCAGAAGCUGGAGGAGGCCGCGCCCACCCCGGACCCGUUCCGGGGGAGCGGCGGCAGCCCGGGACCCGAGCCCCCCGGCCGCCCCGACGGCCCCAGCCUCCUCUACCGCUGGAUGAAGCACGAGCCGGGCUUGGGCAGCUACGGCGACGAACUGGUCCGGGACCGGGGCUCCCCGGGCGAGCGCCUGGAGGAGCGCGGCGGGGACCCGGCCGCCUCCCCCGGGGGCCCCCCGCUCGGCCUCGUGCCCCCGCCGCGCUACCCGGCCAGCCUGGACGGCCCGAGCGCGGGCGCCGACGGCGACGACUACAAGAGCAGCAGCGAGGAGACCGGCAGCAGCGAGGACCCCAGCCCGCCCGGCGGCCACCUGGAGGGCUUCCCGUGCCCGCACCUGGCCUACGGCGAGCCCGAGAGCUUCGGCGACAACCUCUACGUGUGCAUCCCCUGUGGCAAGGGCUUCCCCAGCUCCGAGCAGCUCAACGCGCACGUGGAGGCUCAUGUGGAGGAGGAGGAGGCGCUGUACGGCAGGGCCGAGGCCGCCGAGGUGGCCGCGGGCGCCGCCGGCCUCGGGCCCCCCUUCGGCGGCGGGGCGGACAAGGUGGCCGGGGCGCCGGGCGGCCUGGGAGAACUGCUGCGGCCCUACCGCUGCGCGUCCUGCGACAAGAGCUACAAGGACCCGGCCACGCUGAGGCAGCACGAGAAGACGCACUGGCUCACGCGGCCCUACCCGUGCACCAUCUGCGGGAAGAAGUUCACGCAGCGCGGGACCAUGACGCGCCACAUGCGCAGCCACCUAGGCCUGAAGCCCUUCGCCUGCGACGCGUGCGGCAUGCGCUUCACCCGCCAGUACCGCCUCACGGAGCACAUGCGCAUCCACUCGGGGGAGAAGCCCUACGAGUGCCAGGUGUGCGGGGGCAAGUUCGCCCAGCAGCGCAACCUCAUCAGUCACAUGAAGAUGCACGCCGUGGGGGGCGCGGCCGGCGCGGCCGGGGCGCUGGCGGGCCUCGGGGCACUCCCGGGCGUCCCCGGCCCCGACGGCAAGGGCAAGCUCGACUUCCCGGAGGGCGUCUUCGCCGUGGCCCGCCUCACGGCGGAACAGCUGAGCCUGAAGCAGCAGGACAAGGCAGCUGCGGCCGAGCUGCUGGCGCAGACCACGCACUUCCUGCACGACCCCAAGGUGGCGCUCGAGAGCCUCUACCCGCUGGCCAAGUUCACCGCCGAGCUGGGGCUCAGCCCGGACAAGGCGGCGGAGGUGCUGAGCCAGAGCGCGCACCUGGCCGCCGGACCUGACGGCCGGACCAUCGACCGCUUCUCCCCGACCUAGAGGGCCCCGCGCCGGUGCGCCCGGGGCUGCCCGGCGGCGACAGGCAGUGGCAGCGGCAGCGCCGCAGUGGUGGCCCCAUCGUUCUACGCCUCACCUGGCCUCACUGUUUCGUGCCUUAGCCCGGGGGAGCCAGUGGGGGGAAACCCCGGGACGGGGGUGGGAUAGGGGACGGGAGAUUUAUAUUUUUGAUAUCAGCUUUGACCAAAGGAGAACCCUGCCUCCCCCUGAGGUUCGUUAGCCCCCUUCCCCGGCUCCGUGCUGCUCUUGGGGGGAGGAGUGGCAUUUUUCGGACGCUCCCAGCCCUACCUCCGGCCCUUGCGACCACACCCAUUCUCACUGUGAAUCUCCCCGCUGGGGUCGGAGCGUUGGGCACAGUUGGGGAGAGGGGAGGGGAUUGAGCCGGCCGGAGGGCCUCCCCGCCCCCCGCUCCUGCCCAGCCCGGGACUGAUAAUGUGAAGUUCCUCAUUUUGCACAAGUGGCACUAGCCCCAGGGCCAACCUUUCCCUUCCUCACCACCAAGGUGGGCAGCUCUGGAGCCAGGGAUGACAGCCCUGGCCCACCUGUCUCCUCUUCCGAGGUGUCCCCCUCCUCUCCCUGGGGCCCCGACCAUAUUUAUUGCAUGCGCCCCAGGCGGCCCCUAUCCCGAGCCUAGCCUUAGCUGGGCUGGGGCCAGGUCUCCUUGGUUCCCGUCUGUCCCUUUUGUAUAUUCCCUGUCUGUACACAGGCUCUUCCAGAGCCGCUUCCAUUUUCUAUACUCAACCAAACAGCAAUAAAGCAGUAACCAAGGUC